ACCAAACACAAAAGAACAUGUCAUCUGAACACUUCUUCCUCUUCUUUUCACCAGUCCUGAUCAGCUUCGAGCUUUUCCUCUGUCUCCUUCUCUUCGUCCCCAUCUUUGCUUUCUGGCUUUCCCCGGGCGGUCUUGCUUGGGCUCUCUCUAAAACCACCCGAACUGCCGCCAUUCCCGGCCCUUCCGGACUCCCGUUUCUCGGGUUGGUUUUCGUUUUCACAGGCUCUUUGACUCACAGAGUCCUCGCCAAGCUUGCUGAGGCUUCUAAGGCGAAGCCAUUGAUGGCAUUCUCAGUGGGGUUUACUCGUUUCAUCAUCUCGAGCCACCCGGACACGGCCAAGGAGAUUCUGAACAGCUCGGCUUUCGCAGACCGGCCGGUGAAAGAGUCAGCUUACGAGCUCCUCUUCCACAAGGCAAUGGGGUUCGCUCCGUUCGGCGAGUACUGGCGGAACCUGAGGAGGAUCUCGGCCACCCAUUUGUUCAGCCCGAAAAGAAUAGCCUCUUUCGGGGAGUUUCGGGCAAGUAUUGGGCGAAAAAUGGUGGAGGAGAUACGGGUUUUGAUGGGGAGGAAUAAUGUUAACGGCGAGGUUGAGGUGAGGAAAGUUUUGCAUUUGGGGUCGUUGAACAAUGUGAUGAUGAGUGUGUUCGGGAGGAGUUACGAGUUUGGUGAGCGGUGUGGGAGUUAUGAAGGGUGUGAGCUUGAGGGUUUGGUGAGUGAGGGGUAUGAGCUGCUAGGGGUUUUUAAUUGGAGUGAUCACUUUCCUCUUUUGGGUUGGUUGGAUUUGCAAGGAGUGAGAAAAAGGUGCAGGAUUUUGGUGGCAAAGGUUAAUGUUUUUGUUGGGAGGAUUAUAGAGGAGCAUAGGGCAAAGAGGGCUGAGAAUAAUGGAAUACUAACUAAGGGUGAUGAGUGCUCAGGUGAUUUUGUUGAUGUGCUGCUUGAUCUGGAGAAAGAGAACAGGCUCAGUGACUCUGAUAUGAUUGCUGUUUUAUGGGAAAUGAUAUUCAGGGGGACCGAGACAGUGGCAAUCCUCCUAGAGUGGAUUCUUGCACGAAUGGUGCUUCAUCCAGAUAUCCAAGCCAAAGCACAAUCUGAAAUCGAAACCAUUGUCGGCAGAAAUCGAUCAGUGUCGGAUUCCGACGUCCCCAACCUACCCUACCUCCAGGCCAUUGUAAAAGAAACCUUGAGAAUGCACCCUCCUGGUCCCCUCCUCUCCUGGGCAAGGCUCGCCGUCCACGACACACACGUAGGCCACCACUUCAUUCCAGCUGGCACAACGGCAAUCGUAAAUAUGUGGGCGAUAACUCACGACGAGAAGGUCUGGUUGGAGCCCGGAGAGUUCAAGCCAGAGCGGUUUCUGGAGGAAGAUGUAGCCAUCAUGGGCUCUGAUCUUAGGUUGGCUCCAUUUGGUUCUGGAAGAAGGGUUUGUCCUGGCAAGGCCUUGGGAAUUUCCACUGUUGAGCUCUGGCUUGCGCAAUUUCUCCAAAGCUUCAAAUGGAUGCCUUCUGGUAAUCAUGGUGUCAACUUGUCGGAGAUGCUGAAACUUUCAUUGGAGAUGAAACAUUCCUUGGUCUGCAGGGCUGUUCCUAGGAUUGCUUGAGAUAAAUUUGAUGGGGGCUUUUGUUGUUUUCAGGAUGAUGUCAUAUAUCCAUGAUUUCAGAAGGAUUUAAUAGGUUUAUUUACUUUCCAUGCAUGUUCUCUAAGCUAUAUAUGUUAUUUUGGUUUUUGUUUUAGGGUAGGGUUUC